CACUCCUCGGCCGGGCUCAGCCGGAGGGGGAAAAGCGAAGGGGCGGAGAUCGCCUGCCUGAGUCAUUCGCUGACUCCAGCGAGAGCAAAACGCAAACAGCCUCGGAGAGCCGGUGGAGCCGGACGGGACAGGAGCGCGGCGAGGUGUGGUGCAGCCCCGGCGGGAGCGCCAUGAAGGACCGCAGCCCCUCUCCGCUCUGGCGGGGCUCCUUUCUCGCCCUCAUUCUCCUGGCUGUGGCCAGAGGUGACCUUUGUAAAGUGAACCAGUGUCAGAAUGGAGGGACCUGCCUUACUGGCGGCAUUGACGAAUCUCCUUUCUUCUGUAUCUGCGCAGACGGCUACUCGGGGAUUGUUUGCAACGAAACCGAGAAAGGCCCCUGCCACCCAAAUCCCUGCCAGAACAACGGUGUGUGCCAGCAACUUCCCAGUCGGGGAGAUGUCUUCACCAAAUAUGCUUGCAAGUGUCCUUGGGGGUAUGAAGGCAAACAUUGCCAGAACAGAUCGUCCUCCUUUUCGGCCUUAGACAUGAAUGAAUGUUCUUCGCAGCCUUGUAAGAAUGGAGGGAUUUGCUUGGACCUGGAGAGUGACUACGCCUGUAAAUGUACUUCGCCCUAUUUGGGGAGGACCUGCAACAUCCGCUGUGCAAACCUACUGGGCAUGGAGACAGGUGCCAUUGCCAACACCCAGCUCACAGCUUCGUCUGUCCAUUUUGGGUUCCUUGGCCUGCAGCGCUGGGGUCCUGAGCUUGCGCGCCUAAACAACAAAGGGAUCGUGAAUGCCUGGACCUCGAGCAACUAUGAUAGGAGCCCCUGGAUCCAGGUAAACCUACUGAGGAAGAUGCAGCUCUCUGGUAUCAUGACACAAGGUGCGCGCCGCGUAGGCCGGGCAGAAUAUAUCCGAACCUUCAAAGUGUCCUACAGUCUAGACGGACACGAGUUUGUCUACCUCAGGGAUGAAAAACGGGAUCAUGAUAAGGUCUUUGAUGGCAACUCAGACAACGGUGUCACGGUGACCAAUCUGUUUAAUCCACCGAUUGCAGCCCAGUACAUCCGCAUCCAUCCCCUGGUCUGCCAUAGGGCUUGCACUUUGCGCUUUGAGCUGAUUGGCUGCGAAAUGAAUGUGUAUUUCAACACGGCAGGUUGCUCGGACCCCCUGGGCAUGAAAUCUCGCCAAAUCUCAGAUGAGCAGAUUACAGCCUCCAGUGCGUACAAGACGUGGGGCAUUGAUGCUUUCACUUGGCAUCCGCGCUAUGCCCGCCUCGACAAGACGGGCAAAACCAACGCCUGGUCCGCCCUCACCAAUAGCCAGGGAGAGUGGCUUCAGAUCGACCUAAAGAGAGAGAAACAGGUGACUGGUGUCAUCACGCAAGGGGCUCGUGACUUCGGGCACAUUCAGUACGUGGCUUCUUACAAAGUGGCCCACAGCAACGAUGGCAAGUCCUGGACUUUCUACAGGGACAGCAGAACAAACAGCACGAAGAUAUUUCAAGGGAACUCCGACAACUACUCUCAUAAGAAGAAUGUGUUCGAUGUGCCCAUCUACGCCCGCUUUGUGCGCAUCCUGCCUGAAUCUUGGCACAACCGCAUCACGUUACGUGUGGAGCUAUUGGGCUGUGAUGAAUAGGUCUCCUGUGGGCGAGGGACUGUGGAGUGGAGAAGCAGACUGAUUUUUCUUCUCCUUUCCCUGGACCUAUGUGCUUACUGCUGCAACAUCUUCUUUGCCAUGUUGUACCCCAGGGAACUGUUGAUACAAAGGCCGUGCCAUGUGGAGCCAUGGCAUGGGGAGCAUUUUCUGGCCUGGCCCAGAGGCGGCAGCUGUCAGAAAUGAAGUUUUUUUGCUUCCCUUUUCCUUACCUUCCUGGUUUCACAGUUGCUUGCAAACACCACAGGGUAGUGCAGAGACUCCUUUGUGGGGGGCUGCCCAUUCUGCAUGGCCUCACCACGGUCCUCUCAUUUCCAGAGGGUCUCUAGCAAUGCACUUUAAGAGCUGCUCUGUGCAGUUGUCAUUCCUUCCCUCCAAGAAACUUUGGGAGCAGAAAAAUAGGGCUUUCAAGUAGGAGAAGUCUCAGCAGCCUCACCUCGUAACACCGCAGCUCCUAGGAGUCUUUGGAGGAAGCCAGGAUGGUUUAGCUGGUAUAAAAUGAAUACAAGUUUGUAGUCUAGAGGCAGCCAAGGAUGUAAGUGGAGCAGCGAGCGCUCCAUUCUUUAAGCGGAAUUCAGCAGUCAUUCUUUUGCCAGUGCAGCAGAUUUGCAUAGUUUUGCAUGAUCUGGUUUUUUUUAGUCAGGGGAGGAGCAAGAAGCUGUGCUAUCCCUCCUUCCUUUUCUCUCGUGAGAUUUCUAUAGCUGUUGCACACCCACUUUCAAGCUUGUUUUUGCUCCUUAGAAACUUGAUUUUUAGCAAUGAAAACCGAAUUCUUCACCUCGUGCUCCAUUCUGUUUUUGGCAGGGUCUGUACAGUCCCAGUCAGAGCCCCUUUCCCUUUGCUAAGGUUUCUCGAGAUGCCAAGCCAUGGAGAUUCUGUGUGCACAUGGCAUGCCCCCCCAGCAUGCUUUGAUUUCCUUGGAAGCUGCCCUAACCCUCCCACUGUCCAAAACUCGGCCAUGUUUUCUACCCAUGCUGCUUUGCUUCUCUUCCUGCCUCCCACCAUAGCAUCGUUCAAGAGAUCCUCAUGUUCACGUACAUCUAGUAGAGCAUGAUAAAGAAACAGGACUGUGCGAUGCCAAAGCUGGGAAGAAAGGGCUGUUUUUUGAAAAGGAGUAUAUACUUGCAAAAUGUCCUUUUGGCGGGACGGGUGCAUGGGUGUGUAUAUGGCUUGUCGUUCAGUCAGACAAACCUAAUAGAAGGGGCUUCAGUGGACUGGGGACGGUGUCUGAGCUCUGGAAGCAAUUAACUCAAACAAUGACAAAAAUAAAAGUCCUAGGAAAGCCGAGAGACUGUGGUGACCAUGACUUCCCGGCAGGGAGCAGAGCUCAGUAAAGCUAUGCUGUAUAAAAAUG